AUGCGUUUUAAGGUGGAUUUGGUUGCUGCUGUGCUGCAGCAGCAGCACAAGCAGCAGCAGCAACUGCUGCUGCACCAGCAGCAGCUGCAGCAGCAGCAGCAGCAGCAGCAGCAGCAGCAGCAGCAGCAACUGCAUUUUCUUUUUUUUGUGGUGCUGCUGCUGUUGCUGCUGCUGCUAUUCCUGCUGCUGCUGCUACUGCUGCAGCAAUGGCAUGCAUAUGGACCUCAUACUUUAUCUGCUUCCUCUACAGCAGAAUCAUUUGCUGCUUAUAAGCCGAGCAUCGAAGACAAGCCCGCAGCAGCAGCAGCAGCAGCAGCAGCAGCAGCAGCAGCAGCAGGAGCAGGAGCGGAAGCAGUAGAAGCAGCAGCAGAAGACGGGAGACGAAUGGCUAUAAAGGAGCAGCAGCAGCAGCAGCAACUGCUGCUGCUGCAGCAGCAGCAGCAACGAGAACAGCUGCUGAUAGAAGCAAAACAAAUAGCAGCAGCAAUCCUAUUAAAAGCCAAAACCCUCGCCAGCAGCAGAUCAGCAGCAGAAAUGGAGGCUUUGCUGCAGCAGCAGCAGCAGCAGCAGCAGCAGCAGCAGCAGCAGCAGCAGCAGCAAAGUGGAUGCUUUCUUGCAACAGCAGAAGAAGCAAUUAAACUGAUCGAUGCAGCAGCAUGCAUCUUAGCUGAUGAAGACUCUCUAUUAGAAGUAGGCUGGACUUACCUGUGCGUGUAUUUGGUGGUUUCUGCGGCCGCCUUUUUGACGCCUUAG